CCCAGACUCUACUCCAUUCACUCUCACAUCACUCUCACAUCCUCAUUGAAAGAUCAAAACAACCACCAAGAUGAUGCCUAAACCACUGCUCCUCCUGGCUGCUCUGACUCUCUGCUGCUGCAUCACGACUCUGCAUGCCUCUUCCAGGCGUGGAUGCAUCUGCUUACGGACGACCACCGUUCCCAUCCGUCGUUCGAACAUCGAGACAGUUGUGGUGAACGCUGUUUCAGGACAAUGCCGCCAUAUUGAAAUCAUAGUCACCACGAGGAACGGCCGCAAAGUUUGUGUCGAUCCAGCAGCGAAAUGGUUCAAGGACUUUUUCAGCACUUUGGAAAAGGUGGGCUGUGUCAGUGGAAGAGCUCGCUCUUGUGUUCACCGUCAGUUAUUGAGAUAACGGACUAAAGAGGCCUCCAACGCAGCUACUCAGCCAACCCCAGGUUCCACCCUUGAUGCCUGAUCACAUUUUGUGGUAACAUUUAUCAAGCUGUGAACUGGCUAUAAAAGGGCUGAGCCACUGUCCAACCUCCCUUUUUAAAGCCUUUGGGCCUUUUGGCCUUUUUGUAAUUCAGAUUCACCUUCAGUGCUUCCUUAUACGCUUGAAGCACUGACUCUUAAUAAUACUCUGUGCUACUUUAUCAUUUAAGUGUAUGAUGUUAUUGUGGAGCUCAUUAAGCAAGCAAAAAAAAUGUGUGUAAUGUUGGCGAUUAAUUAGCAAAGUUCUUCAUGAUUCUUUCUGUUACAUUUGGCGACAGAGACCAGUCUGGUGUGCUGAUUACAUUUGGUUGGUGCUGUUGUAUCUGUGACGUGCUUGUGUUGUUGUUUUUUUUUUUUAAAUAAAGAAAUAAAGCACAGACCAAAA